AUGUCACUCUCCAAAAGGGAAUUGGAUGAGCUGAAACCAUGGAUCGAGAAGACGGUGAAGCGAGUCCUAGGGUUCUCGGAGCCCACGGUGGUGACCGCGGCGCUGAACUGCGUCGGGAAGGGCAUGGACAAGAAGAAAGCAGCCGACCACCUCAAACCCUUUCUCGACGAUUCCACCCUGCGCUUCGUGGACAAGCUCUUUGAAGCGGUGGAGGAAGGCCGAAGCUCCAGGCACUCUAAAUCCAACAGCGACCGGACCCGCAAGCGAGAGCUGAAGGAUGUGUUUGGGGAUGACUCUGAGGUAUCCAAGGAAUCCUCCGGCGUCAAGAAGCGGCGCAUACCACGAUUUGAGGAGGUGGAGGAUGAGCCUGAGGUCAUUCCGGGCCCGCCGUCAGAGAGCCCUGGGAUGCUGACCAAGCUGCAG